AUGUCGACAUCUCGGAAACCGGGAUUUCUCUACACAGGGGAGAAGAUCUCCGUGGUCAACAAUGCACCGACAAUGACAUAUUUUGUUCGCGGCGACCCAGCUAAACCGAUGAUUGUGGUCAUCCCCGGCGCCGCACACCCCGCUCGAAUAUUUUACGGAGGACACGAGAAUAGUGACCCUGUCGAUUUCAUUGGACACUGGUUUACAAGGUUUGGAUACAGCUUUUUGGCCAUAUCGUACCCUUUUGAAAGCGAGCCUGCGCUUCUGCCGGCUGAUCGGCCAGAUUUUACAGUGCAAGAAUGGGGAAACCAAGCUGCUGAAGUUACCAUGCAGAUCAUCAAGCAGGAAAACUUACCUCGACGGGCCAUAUUGUUGAUGUGGAGCAUGGCAGGGAAGAUCUUACAACCGUACUUCCAAGCUGCACACAACUAUGCUUUCGACGUCGACUUUGCUGUCAGUCUGGUGGCGACACCAGCAAUUCGAGGAUUGAGAGAAAGACCCCCAGGAACGACCUCGAGCAAGACUGGAUAUUGUAUCGCCAGCCCACAAAUCAAGCAGUCUUUUCUCCUUCAUCUUCAGGAGCAAAGCGCCAUCAACGGCGGCAAAUGCAUCAUCCCGGACGAUACCUAUGUCCGAGAAUACGUGGCAAAUCUCCCUGUUGGACUGACGGGCUGGGGAUAUCGAUGGUCCGAACAAGACCGACAGCUGAUCGAUGACAAAAACGUGGCCUUCGAAGUUGCAGACCAGACGUCGAUGGGCGAUCUUCCUUAUCUAUGCUCAAUAUAUGGCGACAGCCCUGCGGAUCUGAGACAUUCAAUAGCCGAUAAAUACACAUGGGGAUUCAUGAUGAUGUACCAGCUCAUGGGGACUUUGACCCCAGCCGAGAAAAUGUUUCUGAUUGAGAAUCCGGAAAAGGGGAAAAGGGUCACCCGGAUCAUCCAAGGAGCGCCGGAUAGACUUUCUGCUCUCGUGCAGGGUGGUCAUCAUUUCUUCAUUGGAGAGAAGGGAGCGAAACGGACGGCAGAACUGGUGGUGCGGUUUGAGAAGGAUCUUGCGCACUUGAAAAGCGAGUUGCGGGCAGUAUUUCAAUAG